AUGGCUGGGCCCGGCCUCUGGACGAGCAUAAAGUCCCUGCUGCGGAGGAGCGAGGACCCCUUGUUCCUCAACGACUCCAGUGCCUUCGACUUCUCGGACGAGGUGGGGGACGAGGACUUCCCCCGCUUCAACAAGCUGCGAGUGGUGGUGUCGGACGACGCCUCGGAGGCGGCGCCGGAGACGCCGGUGAACGGGGCGCCCCUCGGGCUGCCCUCCGACGACGACUCCCUGCUGGACCGGGACAUCGCCCUGCGCAGCGCCCGGGCCGGCCGGCCGGACCCCUGCAGCGGCUGCAGCAGCCGGCGGGAGCGCUCCAGGCAGAGGAGGGUGAAGAAGCGGCUGACGCUCGCCGCCCUCCUCUACCUCCUCUUCAUGACGGGGGAGCUCAUAGGUGGAUAUGUUGCUAACAGUCUAGCAAUUAUGACAGAUGCACUUCAUAUGUUAACUGACCUUAGUGGUAUUAUUUUGACCCUGCUUGCUCUCUGGCUGUCUGCAAAAUCUCCCACAAAGAGAUUCACUUUUGGAUUUCAUCGUUUAGAAGUAUUGUCAGCCAUCAUUAGUGUAUUGCUGGUCUAUAUCCUUAUGGCAUUCCUCUUGUAUGAAGCUGUUCAAAGAACUAUCCAUAUGGACUAUGAAAUAAAUGGCGAUAUCAUGCUGAUUACAGCAGCCGUUGGUGUUGCAGUUAACUUAAUAAUGGGUUUUUUGCUGAAUCAAUCUGGCCACCUUCACUCCCACUCCCAUUCCCACCCUCACUCUCACGUACCUCAGUCGAACUCUCCUAACACAGCCCACAGCAGCAGCCAUGGACACAGCAGCCUUGCCGUGAGAGCAGCAUUUGUACAUGCCCUUGGGGACCUAGUACAAAGUAUUGGUGUGCUCGUAGCUGCAUACAUCAUACGCUUUAAGCCAGAAUACAAGAUUGCUGAUCCUAUAUGUACAUAUGUAUUCUCCAUACUGGUGGUUUUGACAACAGUUCGAAUUCUUUGUGACACAGGAGUUAUUAUUCUGGAAGGAGUUCCAAGGCAUUUAAACGUGGAUCGCAUUAAGGAAGACUUGAUGAAAAUUGAAGAUGUUUAUUCUAUAGAAGAUUUAAAUGUUUGGUCUCUCACUGCAGGAAAAACAACUGCCAUAGUCCACCUGCAACUAGUUCCUGGUAGUUCAUCUAAAUGGGAGGAAGUUCAGUCCAAGGCGCGACAACUGUUGCUGAACACAUUUGGAAUGUACAAGUGCUCUGUCCAACUUCAGAGCUACAAACAGGAAAUAAGCAAAACCUGCGCAAGUUGUCAGAGUUCCAGUGCCUAAUUUCAUAUGUUUUGGGAACUACUGCCUUAUUCUUUAUCUUGUAGUCAAAGACUGAGAGCAAUAAAUGCAAAAUGAAAAUGAUCAAAUAGAAACCAUUAAUAUGUGGAUUUGUACCAUGUAACAUGCAGCAGGGAGAAUUGGUGCUGCAAAAAGUGCAGCGGUUGCCCUACAGAACACAUAUUUCACUCUCUCCCUUGUACUGGAUUAUUCAAUUUAUUAUGAUUUUGAGACACAGCUGUUUUCAGAUUAUUGUUUACAAACUGCAACAUGGCUCUGCAGAUACCUCACAAAUUACAGUCCAAUAUUGUCCUUUAAUAACUAUGUACCACAAAGUACCUGCACUCCAAAUGGAGCAUCAAGUAUUCAAUAUUUCAAUUAAAGUCUCUAACACUGAUCACGCCAGGGUUCCAUAAUAUGUCAUGAUCCCUGAAUUCAUUAUACAGUAUGUUUGCAAUAGUAAUUUUCAUACAGUAUCUUAAAUGACAAUGUAUACAGUGCUAGUUGAAUUCUUUCGGAAACUGUCUCUUUGGAGACAUGGCAAAAUACAGAAUUUACUGUACCCAGACCAGAAAGUUAGCUUUAAUCUGGGCAUCCAGAGAUCCAGACAGGAAGAUCCUUGCCCAGACUUCUGGUAUUUAACUAGAGACCCAACACUGGACCCAAAGUGUUUUAAGUGAUCAGUUAUCUUUAAUGUAUUUUAGAAUAGGGUUUAUACAUUAGAAACAGGUUAUUUAUUUUACAAAGUUUUGACUUGUAAGUUGAAUUUAUUAUUAAUAAUCUUGAAUGUCUAAACCAAAAUUUGAUUCACAUUAAAAGGCCAGUUGAUUAGCAUGCAUUCUAAUUAUAAUUAAUAAAUGUCCUGUAAUUGAUAAUUUUUCCAUGAUUGUUUUGUUUUAAAAGAAAAAUCAAAUGAUAGAAACUAUGCUUGACAUGGAGAUACUCUCAAACGCAAUCUACAGCCAUGAAAAAUACAUGCAUCUUCUAGCAGGAAAAUGCGGAGCAGAAGUUUUAGAUAUGUACUGUUCCCUCAGUCACAGAUCUCUGACCUUUUCAUCUUCGCUUUGAGCACAGUAUGGCAGUAUCCUGACAGGAAUGCCACUGCAAUAGCAGUCCCUCACUACUUAGCUUUAUGAAUAAAGCAAAAUCCAAGCAAGCUCAGUAACCUAAUGGUGUUGGACAACAAUAUAAUAUUGUGUUGGACAACAAAAAUGUAACAACCUACAGAGGUAGAAAGGCAUUUUCUUAUUUACAGAGGGAUGAGGCAAUUCAAAAAGACUAUUUAUUCAUCUUCAAAGUCAACAAAACUGAAUUGCUUAGCCUCCUGGUGGAAUCACUGUAGUUCGAAUGUACACAGGAUAAUAAAACGUGACAGUAAGCUAUCAUACACCUCCAAGCUCAGAUUUACACAUGCUUCUGAAGUCAUCUGCAUUGAAGAAGCUAAGGGCAACAAGAAUAUGACCUGCAAAGUUAAGAAGAUGGUAAGAACUUGGCUUCAAAUAUUUUUUUCUCAUUCUGUACUUUGAUCUUUAUGCAGAACUUACACUGACAUCAAAAGUAGUUCUGUAUGUGGAUCAGAAGGGAAAAUUUUUGCCCAGUCAUGGAUAUUGUGAUACUCAGCUGUGAAUACUUAAGCUAUUGUCUGUUUUGAAACUUGCUAGGGUUUCACAUAUUCAUCAGGCUGAUUUAUACCUGCAGUUGGUGGUGACAAUCUUGGCUUCUUUUCUUACCUUUUUUGAAGGUAGGGGUCACACGAUGAAUUUUUUAGAGGUGAAAACUGACAGCACAGUAUUAAUUUAGACAAAGUGCACGUAACACUGGAUUAUGUUUGUAUCUGUUCAGGCAAGAAAUGGGAAUACUUGCACACAGCAUGGGAGCACAUACAGCUCAGAGGCAAAGUAGCACUGUACUUGGGAAGUUAAUGCUUCAAUACAAACACUAUCAUUAAAUAAGCCAUAUCACAGUUGAUGAAUAAUGUGCAUCCCAUCCUUUCAAACUUACUGGAAAGAAAAAUACACAACCAACCAACAGGUAUUUUGCACAUACUAAUACUCAAAACAGGUUUUAAUUGAAUUGGGGUUUACAGUUGCUGUAAUUAGAAGUUGAAGUACAGUAGAAUGUAUUGUAUUUGGAGUUUUUAUUGUAAUAAUUUACUAUACAUUUGUUUAAUUGAAGAAAAAAGCAGAAAUGUGUUGCUUUAUUGUGGGUUUUAUUAAAUCAAUUAUUAAACUUCA